AUGGAAUUGGGGAAUGAUACAGAAAUUUCAGAGUUUCUUCUUCUGGGAUUCUCACAGGAACCAGAACAGCAGCCCCUCAUAUUUGGACUUUUUUUCUCUAUGUACCUGAUCACCGUGUUUGGAAACCUGCUCAUCAUCCUGGCAGUCAUCUCAGAUGCCCACCUACACACCCCCAUGUACUUUUUUCUCACCAAUCUGUCCUUCGUAGACAUCUGUUUCACUUCUACCACUAUCCCAAAGAUGUUGAGGAAUGUCCAGACCCAGAGCAAAGUUAUAACCUAUGAAGCCUGCAUCACACAAAUUUAUUUUUUCCUACUGUCUGCAGUAUUGGACAUCUUCCUCCUCACAGUGAUGGCCUAUGACCGCUUUGUGGCCAUCUGUCACCCCCUGCACUACAUGGUCAUUAUGAACCCUAGGCUCUGCUUUCUGCUGGUUCUGGUGUCCUGGACCAUCAGUGUCCUGAAUUCCUUGUUACAAAGUUUAAUUUUGUUACAGCUUUCAUUUUGCACUGUUGUGGAAAUCCCUAACUUUUUUUGUGACCUCAGUCAGAUAACCCAACUUGCCUGUUCUGACACCUUUCUUAAUAAUAUGGUAAUGUAUCUUACAGUUGUGCUUCUGGGUGGUGGUCCCCUGGCUGGUAUCCUUUAUUCUUACUCAAAAAUAGUUUCCUGUAUAUGCAGAAUCUCAUCAGUUCAGGGAAAGUAUAAAGCAUUUUCCACCUGUGCAUCUCACCUCUCAGUUGUCUCCUUAUUCUUUUGUACGAGCCUAGGAGUGUACCUUAGCUCUGCUGCUACCCACAGCUCACACUCGAGUGCAACAGCCUCAGUGAUGUACACUGUGGUCACACCCAUGCUGAACCCCUUUAUCUACAGUCUGAGAAACAAAGACUUAAAGGGGGCUCUGAAAAGAUUCUUUGUGAUGGCAAGUCUAAAAAGGUUAAUUAUUCUGGAUUUGGAGAAGUGCCCAAAAUUUCAGAUCUCAAAGUCUCAGAGUCAGUAG